GAUAUAUGUAACAUACGAGAUCCUUUUUACGGAAGACGAUGCAUCAUAAAUUUACUUCAAUACACAAUUUCGCAUCAAAUCCUAGGGUUUUUUACUCGAUUUGGUACUUUCUUUGCCGUUCAUCUAAUCAGGAAUUGUAUAAAGUAUGGGUGAGAAUGGAAGAAGACAGCUUAAUAAGAGAGAUAGGGAUAGGGAUAGGGAUAGGGAUAGAGAUUGGGACGAUAACAAGAAUCAACGAAGAAGAGGAAACGAAAGAGACGACAGAAGUAAUAACAAUUAUAACUAUAAUAUUAACAACAACAACAACAACUACAAUAAUAAUAAGUAUGAUAAGGAGAGGGAGAAUGGUGAGUUGAUUGUGUACAGGAUAUUAUGUCCGGAUCGGUUUAUCGGGAGUGUGAUCGGGAAGAGUGGGAAGGUUAUAAACUCGAUUAGGCAAGAUACGAGGGCGAAGGUUAAGGUAGUGGACCCGUUUCCGGGGUCGAAUCAUAGGGUGAUAACGAUUUAUUGUUAUGUUAAGGAGAAGGUGGAUAUUGAGCCGGAUGAUGAGGUUGGUGAUAUGGAGCCGGUAUGCUUUGCGCAGGAUGCGCUUAUACGGGUGCAUAAUGCGAUUGUGAACGUGGUAGGGACCGGUGGUGAUUCGGAUAAGAAGUAUAAGGAUAAGACAGAGUGCCAGAUUCUUGUUCCGUCUAGUCAGGCGGCUAACCUUAUUGGGAAAGCCGGUGCAACGAUAAAGCGAUUGAGAAAUAAGACGAGGACGAUUAUUAAAGUUUCUCCUAAAGAUGUUGGUGAUCCUAAUCAUUCAUGUGCUAUGGAAUUCGACAACUUUGUUCAGAUAACUGGUGAACCGGAUGCAGUGAGAAAAGCACUAUUUGCAGUCUCGACGAUUAUGUACAAGUUUACCCCUAAGGAAGAUGUUCCACUUGAAACAUCCGUGACCGAAGCUCCUCCAAGUAUCAUUAUACCUUCUGACCUACCAAUAUUUCCUGCUGCUGGGCUAUACCCAGGUGUGGAUCCAUACGUGCCUGCAAGACCUGUUCCUUCUGCUCUUGGUGGUUCACAUGUUCAAGAAUUUCAAGGUUUUUCAGAUUCAGGGAGCCAAUGGCCAAUUUACUCUUCUGCCCUCCCUGUGGUUUCUGGAUUUUCUGGUGCCUCUUUAUCAGGGGAGUUGAUAUUAAGGGUUCUCUGCCCGUUUCACAAAAUAGGACGUGUUAUCGGAAGGGGUGGGGCCUCAAUUAAAAGCGUCAGAGAAGCUAGUGGUGCUCGUGUUGAUGUUGAUGACACCAGACGCGAUGAAUGCAUUGUAACAGUCCAAGCAACAGAAUCAUUGGAUGAUAUAAAAUCAAUGGCAGUCGAAGCAGUUCUAUUACUUCAAGAAAAAAUAAACGAAGACGACGAAGAAAACGUUUCCAUUAGGCUUCUUGUCCCUUCCAAAGUUAUUGGUUGCAUUAUAGGUAAAAGUGGUUCAAUCAUAAACGAAAUUCGAAAAAGAACUAGAGCAGAUGUUCGCAUAUCGAAAGGUGAUAAACCCAAAUGUGCAGAUGCUAAUGAUGAACUUGUUGAGGUGAUUGGAGAAGUUGGUAGUGUGAGGGACGCACUUGUUCAGAUUGUUCUCCGCCUUCGUGAUGAUGUCUUAAAAGAUAGGGAUAGCGGUCAUAACCCAUCUUCGGGGAAUGAUUCUGUGUUUGCCGGAGGAAGUGGUAUUCCUGUACCUUCAGUUUUACCUAGCGUUUCAUCACUUGCUUCUCUGGGUUAUGAGCACCGAGCCGAAACAGGGAGUGGUCUGGGCUUGCUUUCUUCAAGCUCCAUAUAUGCGAUGAAUGACAGUGGGUAUGGAUCAUUGCCUUCUUAUUCUUCAAAGCAACUCUAUGGAGGAUUGCCUUCUUCUGCGUCCGAGAUGGUGGUCCCGGGUCAUGCGGUUGGCAAAGUGAUGGGGAAAGGUGGAGCUAAUGUUGACAAUAUCCGCAAGAUAUCAGGGGCUUCUGUGGAGAUAUCUGAAUCCAAAUCAUCCCGGGGUGAUCGUGUGGCUGUGAUUUCCGGGACACCUGAACAGAAACGCUCAGCUGAAAACUUGAUUCAGGCUUUCAUAAUGGCCACCUAAGUAUAAGUUGAAGGUGAAUUAUGGUUUAAUUAUCAAUAGUCUCUCUUUAGGGUUUUCUUAUCGUGAAAUGGAUCUCGAUCUCUUGGGUUCUUUCUACUGGAGUUAUCUUUUCUUAAGAUCAUUCUGGAAGAUUCAUCUAUGGCUCCAUUCAGCGGCACUUGUUUUAUCAGGACCUUUUCUUUCUCCCCUUACUCUUUAAUAAACAAACUCCUGUUCUUUGGUUGUGCGGAUUCUGUCUUUUUAAAAUGUUAUUAUGCUCGUGCGGUUACUUUUAUGACAUAAUUUUAAUCAUGAUAACUGAUGUUUUCUGA